AAGUGAUGAGUCGUAACCCUUGACCUCCCUCUUCCUUUUUCUCGUGUGGCGGCCAUUGCUGCACAUUUUGGAACGUGGCCGUCGAAGAAUUGGUCAAAAUGUCUUACCCGUGUGCGCGCCCGUUGAUCACGGUGCACAAUGAGAAGGGCGAGUCCACGGCCGUUACCGUGACGAUGCCCGCGGUGAUGAAGGCUCCGAUCCGGCCGGACAUCGUCCAGUCGGUUCACGCUAAUGUCCGUAAGAACAGCCGCCAGCCGUACUGUGUCAGCAAACUCGCAGGUCACCAGACGAGUGCUGAGUCCUGGGGCACGGGUCGUGCCGUGGCUCGUAUCCCGCGUGUUCGCGGUGGCGGAACCCACCGGUCCGGGCAGGGAGCCUUCGGGAACAUGUGCCGUGGCGGGCGCAUGUUCGCUCCGACGAAGACCUGGCGCCGCUGGCACCGCCGUGUGAACAUCCACCAGCGUCGCUACGCCAUCUGCUGUGCCCUGUCUGCCUCAGCUCUGCCAGCACUGGUCAUGGCAAAGGGUCACCGUAUUGAGGAGAUCCCUGAGGUCCCCCUUGUGGUGGGAGACAAGGUUCAGGAGAUGAAGAAAACCAAGGAGGCUGUUCAACUGCUCCGUAAACUCAAGGCCUGGAACGACAUUCAAAAGGUUUAUAACAGCAAGCGCAUCCGCGCAGGCAAGGGAAAAAUGAGGAAUCGGCGGUUUGUGAAAAAGCGGGGUCCUUGUAUUAUUUACGACAAGGACAACGGCAUUGUCAGGGCCUUCAGGAAUAUUCCAGGAGUUACUCUUCUGCCUGUUGACAAACUGAACCUGCUGAAGAUCGCUCCCGGCGGUCACGUCGGCCGCUUCAUCAUCUGGACAGAGAGCGCCAUCCAGAAACUGGACGCCCUGUACGGGACCUGGAGAAAACCUUCCACACUCAAGAAGGACUUCAACCUCCCCAUGCCGAAGAUGCUGAACACGGACUUGAUGCGUCUCCUGAAGAGUGAAGAGAUCCAGCGCGCCAUCAGGGCUCCCAAGCGUGACCACAAGGUCCGUGCUGUACAGAAGAAGAACCCCCUGCGGAACCUGCGAGCGAUGCUAAAGCUGAACCCGUACGCCAAGACCAUGAAGCGACAGGCACUCCUCACCGAGGAGAAACGCAGGGCCGCCAAGGAGGAACUUCUGAACAAGAAACGUGGCAUCGUGACUGAGAAGCCAGCAGCCAAGGCGAAGGGCAAGGCCAAGGGCAAAGCUGCGGGGAAGCCUGCCGCUAAAGGCAAGGGCAAGAAGUAGCAGCUCCCCCUAGCACCUCAGCACUGAAGUGCAUCCAAGAGGACAGCUGUCUGAAUAGGACAUGUCGUCAUCUUCAAAAUAAAUCACAAAAAUAUACAUGAA